AUGCAAUUGGAAUCUGUCAACUUUGGUGCUCCACUAGUCACAGAAUUAAACGCAGAGCCCCUCCAGCCAGGUACCAGGGGCAGGGCAACCGUGGACCCAGCCAUGGAGGAGGGAGACGUAUCGCUUGACAACCAUGACGUUGCAUCCAUGUUGAUGGAGAGUGAUCCUGAUAAUGACGUAAAAACCAAGAGCCUAUUGCAGUAUAUUGAUGAAGAGUUGCGAAUGAGGGGUCACAGCGAUCGUCUCUCUGACUUGGACGUGGACAUGACCUACUCCUCGCAAGCAACCCUGCCGGUGGGUAUGGAUGAUACCUCCCUAACUGAAGCUAGUCAGGCCCUCGACAAGGCCAAUCAUAACAGCAGGUACAGUCAGUCAUCAUCGCCGGGACGGGAACGAGGGCAUGCAAGAAGACAUUCCAGUGCUGAUGCUCACCAGGAGGAAGGGGAAGAGCUCACUGACCAGACUGCCACUCUUACCCUGACGUCGGCAACAGCACGCCAGAGAGCUCAGAGCGACAGCCAGCAUGACCGCAGACGUGAUGGUUCAAAAGAGAAUGGGCAAGCAGGGAGUGGAGGAGAGGAGGAUGGAAGUGGGACACCUCCUGUUCCACCUCGGAGAAAAGACAAACGGAGACACAACACACCACCGAGACCUCAGUCAAAUGGCUUACCACCCACUCCAAAAGUCCAUAUGGGAGCUUGCUUUUCAAAGGUGUUUAAUGGUUGCCCACUACAUAUCCACUGUACUGCCUCAUGGAUACACCCAGACACUCGAGACCAACACAUACUGAUUGGAGCAGAGGAAGGGAUUUAUACUUUAAAUCUCAAUGAGCUACAUGAAGCAGCCAUGGAGCAGUUAUUGCCUACGAGAACCACUUGGAUGUUUGUCAUAAAAGAUGUGCUUAUGUCCAUAUCAGGAAAAGGUCCUUAUCUCUAUCGCAUGAGUUGA